AUGUCCCAAAUCCCCAUCAUAGUCGGCGUCGGCGACUUCGUCAAUCGCUCAACAUCCCUCGCCGACGGCCACGAACCACUAACACUGAUUCUCAACGCCAUAACCGUCGCCCUAAGCGACACCGAUCUCCCGGACGACAAACGACAACAACUCCAAUCCGCCAUCGACAGCAUCGACGUCGUGCGGACAUGGACCUGGCCCUACGACGAUCUCCCGGGGGACAUCAGUCGGAGAUUAGGCGUCGAUGCACGACACCGGUUCUACAGCGACCACGGCGGGAACAAGCCGGCCAAACUAUUCGACCAGGCCGCACGGAGGAUCUCGAGAGGCGAAACCAAAGUCGCCAUCAUUACGGGCGGCGAGGCGUUGGCUUCACUGUCGGCGUUCGCGGCGGCCAAGAAGCUGCCGCCGCCAGGCUGGACCAAGACAAAGGAAACCGUCAACUCGGUCUUCACACCCACAGGCCGAGAUCUGGGCAAAGACAUUGGCGCCGUGCAUUCGAUCGGUGCCCCUAUCCACGUGUACCCGCUGUUUGAGAACGGGUUCCGCGCGUACCGCAAGCAAUCCAUAGCCGCCAACCACGAGGAAUCUGCCCAGCUGUAUGCUGAAUUUGCAAAGGUCGCGGAGAAGCAACCCUAUGCCUGGAACUACGGCAAGCCAGCCGCGAGCAAGGAGGUGAUCGGCACAGUCACCAAGAGGAACAGGAUGAUUUGUUUUCCUUAUCCGCUGCUGAUGAACGCCUUCAACACGAUCAACCUUGCCGGUGCUUGUGUGCUGACUUCGGUCGCGUACGCGGAGGAACUGGGCAUUCCAAGGACGAAGUGGAUAUACGCCCUGGGCGGUGCUGGCACGCAGGACAGCGAUCAUUUCUGGGAGCGUCCGAACUACCAUUCCAGCCCGUCCAUCUCGCGCUCCAUCGACGCCGGCCUGCACGUGUCCGGCCUCGCGAAGGAAGAUAUCGACCUAUACGACUUCUACUCCUGUUUCCCAAUCGUCCCCAAGAUCGCGGCCCAUCAUCUCAAUCUCCCAAUCACGGGCGGCCCAAAACCACUCACCAUCCUCGGCGGGCUGACCAGCUUUGGCGGCGCCGGGAACAACUACUCCAUGCACGCCAUCACCGAAAUGACCCGCCGUCUCCGUGCCGGCCACGGUCGCCACGGCCUGAUUCUCGCCAACGGCGGCGUGAUGACGUACCAGCACGUGCUCUGCUUGUCGACCAUGCGGCGGAAAGCCGGACAGCCGUAUGCCCAGGCAGAUCCCCUGCCCGAGUAUGUGAGCGGGAUAUCUGUACCGAAGGUGGUGGCGCGUGUGGAGGUGGAAGGGAACGGCGAGACUGACGCUGUCGUCGAGACGUAUACCGUCGAAUUUCACCGCGAUGGCACGCCUCUUCGGGCAUAUAUUGUGGGCCGCCUGAAGAGCAACAAUCAUCGGUUUGUUGCCAACCACGGCGACGAGGAGACGUUGAAGCAGUUUUCCUCCUGGGAGGGGGAGAAGAUCGGACGGCCAGGGCGUGUAAGAAAUGACGGGACGAGAAACCUCUUCAUUUUGAAGAGAGAGGGUCUGGGCAAGUUGUAG